AUGAAUCGAGUCGUACAGGAUCAGCUCACCGGAGCGAAUCCAAGAACUCGGCCAAGCUGGCUAUGUAUGAGUCGUGAAGGACUCAUCGUGACUCCAGACAACUCAAGAAGAUUCCUCCUAAGCGAAUCCCUAGAAGAGCUGAAUCCAUAUAAUAAUUCGGAGAAAUUUCUAAACAUAAUGGAGACUGCUGUUUCUGAAAUCUUGAAGCUUAUAGGUUUCACUAGGGAUGUUCUUGAAUGGAGGAGAGAGAUCAGCUAUAUGACUAGAAGAACUAAAGAUGAUGAAUCAGCUGAUCAUGAAGAACAGCACCAACAUUUUCAUGUAUUGGCUGUAGAUGAUAGUGCUCUUGACAGGAAGCUUUUGGAGAGACUGCUAAAAGUUUCUUCUUAUCAAGUAACUUUUGUGGAGUGUGGAGAGAAAGUUUUAGAAUAUCUUGAACUUGAUAAUCUAGAAGAUAUUACUGCUCCAUCAUCACCAUCUUCCUCUUCUUUCAAUAUUUCUCAACCAACACAACAAGAGGAAAUGAAAGUGAAUUUGAUCAUGACAGACUACAGUAUGCCCGGAAUGAGCGGCUAUGACUUACUCAAAAGAAUCCAGAGUUCUUCUUGGAAGGAUGUACCAGUUGUGGUUAUGUCAUCUGAAAAUAUACCUUCUAGAAUCACCAUGUGUUUGGAAGGAGGAGCUGAGGAAUUCUUAUUGAAACCACUUCAAUUAUCAGAUGUGAAGAAGCUACAGCCUCGCUUUCUAAAAACACAAAUUGACGUUGACACCAUUAAUGGAAGCAACACUAAGAUUAAUAAUAUUAGCAAAGAGAAAGGCGAUGUCUCCAACCUUCUGAGAGAAGACCUAAAAUGAAAGGGCUACCUGUUUUUUUUUUUUUUUGACAAUGAAGGGCUGCCUGUUGAAUAGUCCUUUUUCUUCAACCUACAUCUACAUGUAUUAAUUCCUAAGAGUUAUAUGUUUUCUA